AUGUUGAUUGUCCUCGUCUUUGAUGGAAGACGAGAUCAGCAAAAUUCUGAAGGACAAUCGCUGCAUCCUCAUGGCAAACGUCUCACAUCUGAAGAGGAACAUCCUCAAUACCCUAGCCUUGCUGAGCCUUUUAUCCCUGAUCUUGAAUCAGUUGACCUCGGGCCUGAAGGCAAAUAUGGUACCCUUGACAAGGAAAAUUCUCAGUACCAUUGUCUUGUUGAGCCGUUUGUUAAUGAUCUUGCAUCAGUCGACCUUGAGCCUGAUCCUGUUGUUGACCUCAGGACCAAACGCCGACAUGGUACCCUUGAUCUCUCAUCAGUCGACCUUGAGCCUGAUCCCACUGUUGACCCCAAGAGCAAAAGCCGACAUGGUACCCUUGACGACAAUCAUGUCCAGUAUCCUUGUUUUGUUGAGCCGGUUGCUACUGAUCUUGCAUCAAUUGACCUUGAGCCCAAUCCUCUUGCCUACCGAGCUUGUCUGGCAUCUUUGGCAACACUUCCUUGCAAGAAAUCUCUUUGCACUGCAAAGUUAGAAGCUGCUGGUUCCAACAAUCAGCCUCCUGCGCAACCACCUCCAUCCCCGCAACAUCCUGUCAACUUACAUGAGAUGUUGACUACUACCGAUUUUCUCUCACAGUUCCAGCACUCAAGCAUGGGGAGGGGUGAAGAUGCAGAUACUCUGACUUCUGUAACAAGUGAAGAGACCAAUUCAGACAACUUGGUUGCUGGGAGUGAAGAUGCAGAUACUCUGACUUCUGUAACAAGUGAAGAGACCAAUUCAGACAAGUUGGCUCUGGUCCCAGCAACCAAGUAUCGUAAAGCUACUCAAGAGGUCAAAAAUUACAAGAUAUCCAUAGAUGGAGUUGAUGUUGAUGAAUGGGCCAAGUCUGUACCGGAUGAUGGGUCUGCAGGUGAACAAAGUCCUUUUGAUAGAGUGGACAUCCUCACUAAGAGGAAUACGACAGUCACUACUCUGAAGGAUUCUCCUGCCUUAGAUGAUGCUAUUGGUUUCUUUGAGACUCAUCACUGUGUCAUGCCAACAAAUGGUCUGUACAAACUACAUCCUGGACAAGCUUCUGAUCUUGAUUGGUUGGAAUGUAACAUGGCUGGUCUAUUUGAUUUAGAUCCUGCCCAUGUGCCACAACUUAGACCACCAGAUUUUGAAGCUUACAAGUCAGGCAGGCAACCAUCCGUUCUGUUUGUUCCUGAAACGCCUAUCAACUUUGUCAUUGAGUCUACUCCACUGCGAGACAAACCCAUAAACUUGAAUUACAAGCUGUCACCCUCUGGACCUUGA